AUGUCCAACGGCAUCGACUCCUCACUCCCUCCCAAGGGGGACACCUCUUGGAAGAUCACCAACAAGAUCGCAAAGGCCGAAAAGGAAGGCCGCAUCUGGUGGUCCUUCGAAUACUUUCCCCCUCGUACCGCUCAGGGUCUCACCAACCUCUAUGACCGUAUUGAGCGUAUGGCCGACCUCGGUCCCGAGUUCGUCGACAUCACCUGGAAUGCUGGUGGCAGAACCUCGGACCUCACCGCCUCGCUAGUCAAGACCGUCCACACCUACAUUGGUCUCGAGACGUGCAUGCACCUCACCUGCACCAACAUGCCCCGAGAGAAGAUCGACACCGCUCUCAAGGAAGCCAAGGAAUUCGGAUGCCGCAACAUCCUUGCCCUUCGAGGUGAUCCUCCUACCGGUCAGUCCGAGUGGGAGCCUCACGCCGCCGGAUUCUCUCGCGCCAAGGAGCUUGUCGAGUACAUUCGCGAGCAGUACGGCGACUACUUUGCCAUCGCCGUGGCUGGCUUUCCCGAGGGUCACCCCGAGGCUAUUGAUGGCUCGGACAAGGAGCUCGAACGUCUCAAGGAAAAGAUCGAUGCCGGUGCCGACUUCAUCUUCACGCAGAUGUUCUAUGACUUUGACAUCUUUGCAAAGUGGGUCAAGGAUGUACGAGCCGCAGGUAUCACUUGCCCCAUCAUCCCCGGUGUCAUGCCCAUUCAGACCUACGGUGGUUUUCAGCGCGCCACCGCUCGCUUCGGCACACUCGUGCCUCAGUACUUCCACGACGCCCUCGACCCCGUCAAGGAUGACGACCAGAAGGUGCGAGACAUCGGCACUCGUCUCGUCGGCGAGAUGUGCAAGAAGAUUGUCGGCACCGGCCUCGGCAUCAGCGGUCUGCACAUCUACACCAUGAACCUCGAGAAAGGUUCGCGUAUGCUCCUCGACUACCUUGGACUGACACCGUCCGUCAACCAGGUCAGCCCGCUUCCAUGGACGCCCAGCCUCACGCCCAAGAGACGCGAAGAGAAGAUCCGUCCCAUCUUUUGGGCCAACCGAGCCAAGAGCUACGUCAACCGUACCGAGGACUGGGACGAGUUUCCCAACGGUCGAUGGGGUGACGCGCGCUCGCCUGCUUACGGCGAUUUUGACGCCUACGGGGUCAAGCUGCGAUACUCGAAUGACGAGGCCAAGGAGAUGUGGGGAAAUCCUACUUCGCUCGAUGAUGUCAAGGCGCUCUUCCAAAAGUUCUGCGCCGGCGAUGUCAAGGCUCUUCCGUGGUCCGAGACCGGCGUCGCACGUGAGACCUCGGUCAUCAGCGAAAAGCUCACCAAGAUGAACGAGCUCGGCUUCCUGACGAUCAACUCGCAGCCCGCCGUGGACGGUGCUCGCAGCGAUGACAAGGUCCACGGCUGGGGCCCCAAGAACGGCUAUGUCUACCAGAAGGCAUACCUUGAGUUCUUUGUCUCGCCAGAGGACCUCGACGCCUUGAUCGCCAGGAUCGAAGCUGACCCUCAGAUCACCUACCACGCCGUCAACUCGCAAGGCGACAUGCGCACCAACACCAACUCGGAAGCUCCCAACGCCGUCACCUGGGGCGUCUUCCCACAUUGUGAGAUCAUUCAGCCUACCAUUGUCGAGUCCAUCUCGUUCUUGGCCUGGAAGGAUGAGGCCUACGAAAUCGGAAGGAACUGGGCCAAGGUGUACGAGCCCUCGUCGCCAUCGCGCAAGUACCUCGAGGACAUGUUCAACAGCUACUUCCUCGUCAAUGUCGUGCACAACGACUUCAAGUCCUCUGAUGCCAUCUUCCAGCCAUUCCUCAGUGCCUCCAAGGCCAAUGCCGGGAUCAACGGCUCGCUCUCUAAUUUGGGCUCGGCCGUCAGUGACGCAGCUGGACUAGUGACCGACUCGAUCUCUUCGCUCGCUAACGGUCACUCAAACGGGCAUGCUUCUGCCCAUGCCACGGCAGCAUAA